GCUAACACUCUAACUAUAUCAGCUUUACGGCAAGCGGGGCAGAGAGCGUUCCAGAAAAUACCAGUGACUGGAGAUUAUUUGUUACUUUGUUCGUUUUAAGACAGGAACUGAAGAUGAUCGAGGUGGUCUGCAAUGAUCGUCUGGGCAAGAAAGUCCGGGUCAAGUGCAACUCAGAGGAUACCAUUGGAGAUCUGAAGAAGCUCAUUGCUGCCCAGACAGGAACACGGUACGACAAGAUUGUAUUAAAGAAAUGGUAUACCAUAUUCAAGGAUCACGUGUCUUUGGGUGACUAUGAAAUCCAUGAUGGGAUGAACCUUGAGCUGUACUACCAGUAGACCUGAGAGGGACCACAGGACGAUGCUACGCAGACGCACGCACACACGCACGCACACACUCACACACAGAUGGAAUUGAUGGAAUCUGUCACAGGAAACAACCUGAAAGAGAGAAGGAGCUGUAUCUACAAAGCAGAAAACACACACACAGUACAUAGAUUACAGUUUUAACUUUUAGUUUUUGCCGACAAAUUAUUAUGUGAAAGACGUUGUUCUAUGAAUAUUUUUGUUUUGAUAUUUUGGAAGUAAAGCUGAUAUUUACCUAC